AUGAGCUCGCCCGCGACGAGAGGUGUGGCCUCACGCCAUGACCUCGAUGACACUGCCCUUGGGAAAUAUUUACAAGAAACGGACUCUGUACCUCCAUUACAGUUGCCGGUUGUUUCGACAAAGAUUGGCUAUGGCCAAAGCAAUCCGACGUACUACGUGGACGAUGCAGCUGGAACCCGGCUGAUUCUCAGGAAGAAGCCAGCUGGGCAAAUCAUCAGCAAAGUCGCCCAUCAGGUUGACCGCGAAUUCCGGGUAUUGAAGGCCUUGGGCACCGUAGAAGGAUUUCCUGUACCGAAAGUCUACACGCUAUGCAUGGAUCCUUCGAUUAUUGGCACGGCGUUUUACGUGAUGGAAUUCGUGAAAGGCAGAAUAUUCACGGACUACAGCCUGCCAGAACUAUCGCCUUCAGAAAGGCGCAAGGCCUGGUUCUCUUUGGUAGAAACCCUCGCAUGGCUCCAUUCAAUCGAUCCAUUUUCCAUCGGUCUAAAAGGAUUCGGCAAGACAACAGGAUUCUACGCUCGACAUUGCAAUACUUUUACCCGGAUCGAGGCUGAGCAGUCUAAGAUCGAAGACAGCGAGGGAAAGCCACUAGGGCGAGCCCAUGAGCACUACGAUGAGAUCAUCGACUAUGUGCGAGAGAAUCUGCCCGGGGACCGCUACGCCAUUGUACAUGGAGACUAUAAAUUUGACAACGUGAUACUCCAUCCCACCGAGCCACGAGUCAUUGCCAUCCUUGAUUGGGAACUCUCAACCAUUGGGCAUCCGCUGAUGGAUGCUGUUUUCGUCGUUGCAUCCUUCUGGAAUGAGGCAUAUAAGGCAACAGGUUCUCGGUCUUCAAGUUCUCUCUCUAAAGUCAGUGGUAUACCCACAGCCGAUGAGCUGAUGGACCGUUACAGUGAGAUAGUAGGAUUCGAUCCCCGGAAAGAUGGGAACGGCAGGGAUUGGGAGAUUGCCAAAAUCUUCCAUCAUGUACGGGGUAGUACAAUUACCCAUGGCAUCCAAGCGAGGACGAUCCGCGGCCAGGCAAGCAGCGAAUUCAGCCACGUGUAUUUCGAGUAUACAAAAUCAGGCCUGGAUAUAGCACUGAAGAUCGUCCGGGAGAUGAAAGCAAAGGAAGCAUCUUCACCAAAGCUCUAG